GUUUCGCUCCGACCCUUCGGACUGCGUCUGGCUCUGUAAAAUAAAUUCCAGUCGCUCAGCACUUUCCGUACCGGCCUCCGAGACUUGGUAGUAGAGCUUCUCCAUCUUCGAAAAAGCUUCAAAAUUUUGUUGGGUUUCACCUCCAAUUAGAUACCCAGUUAGCUGAAAAAAAGUCAUGUCGGGAAAGGAAACAAACCCGACGUUUAGCAAGUCAACUGGCCUGCCUCGGAAGCGUUUCUACAGAGCAAGAGCACACAGCAACCCUCUGAGUGACUCCCACUUUCCAGUGCCUGUCUCCCCGCGUCAUGUAGAUUAUUCUGUUCAUUACCCACAAUACUUCCCCUCGUCCAAUCAAGUUGAUAGCUGUAAGAAGAUUCAGUUUGCAGAUAUCGGUUGUGGUUUUGGGGGGCUUCUGAUAAGUCUGUCAACCCUUUUCCCCGAGACUUUGAUGAUCGGGAUGGAGCUUAGGGACAAAGUGACAGAGUAUGUCAAAGAAAGGAUCUUGGCUUUAAGGGUGACAAAUCCUGGUCAAUACCAAAAUAUCUCAGUGGUUCGGACUAAUUCCAUGAAAUACAUUCCAAAUUACUUUGAGAAAGGACAGCUUUCGAAGAUGUUUUUUCUCUUUCCGGAUCCUCACUUCAAAGAGAAAAAUCAUCGUCGUAGAGUGAUCAGUCCAUUCUUGCUGGAUGAGUAUGCUUAUGUUCUAGAAGUUGGUGGGAUCAUAUACACAAUUACGGAUGUUGAGGAGCUUGGAGACUGGAUGAAGACUUGCUUGGAGAAUCACCCAAUGUUUGAAGCUCUCACAGACGAAGAGCUCAAAGCAGAUCCAGUCACGAAGCUCUUGAGUUCUGCAACUGAGGAAGGACAGAAGGUUGACAGAAAUGGAGGACAGACAUUCCGAGCGGUUUACAGACGCAUUGCACCAUCUCUAUGACUUCGGGUGUUUUAUCUUAGUCGAUAAACGGGUUUAUUAACUUAAAAAUUGUAGUGGAUUAUUCUUUCCUUGGCAUGAGUUUGCUAAGUACUCUUGAGAAGAUCAUCUGGUCUUUGAAAUCUUUGAUUUACUAAUUUUGUUGAACUAUGCAUGAUUUUUGCGUUA